AGUUUCAACACGAUACAGCAACGCGUGCGCACACACUGCAUCCUCAUCCGAAAACCACGUCUAGAAACUGAACGAUCACAAUGCUGCUCACGAGCACAUACUAUUCCCAGAUGCCGAACCAGCAUUACGCCACCCACGCACCAAUUCGGUCCUCUCCACUUCGCGAACGCUCCGUGAAUGCUGGUGCAGGCUUGUUCGACUUCAGCAUGACGUCGCAGUCUAGCGAAAAUCAAAAUUCACAACCACAACGCGCGUUCAAAGCCAAUCCGGUAAUGCAGACGCGCGAUGCUGCUACCAAGAGACGGCGAGACAUGUUCUACAAGCGCGUGCAGAACAAUCGCGAGGACAAGAAAUGGGAGUCACGAGGCGAACAGAUCCAGCAACUAGACUUUGUCUCAGAGCGCAGACGGUGGGAAAUUAAGAAGGCACAAGAAGCACCACCAGAAGAAGACGAGAUCGACGACGAGCUUCUGAGCGACGUAACAUUACCACAGUCUUCAAGCAGCGCACCGCAAUUAGAGCCAGGAAUGACCGAAGCGGACUACCUACUUGCACAGGAGGAGUACGAGCUGCAACAGCUGGUUGCUUCGAUGGAGCAAGAGCAGAGUCAGAAUGCAACGCCACAGCAGCAUUACGGAAGCGAUGAUGAGGACUACGAUCAGAUCUUCAUGGAGUGUACGACAGAUGUUGAUAUGCGGUACCAGCAACAACCGCAGGCUCAUGAUGGCGGCUACAGAGACGUGGAUGACAUGGACAUGACCGACGGCUAAGAAGCAACAUGCUCCUCGAGUGACGUGCUCCAAAAAGAGGUCAGAGGUUCGUGCCAGCUGGACUUGACAGCCAGGCACCCUGGCAUGGAGGUCGAGGCUAGGCACAUGUGUAGUGUCUCAAGUAUAUUGUUGAGAUAUCUAUUGUAGACGGUGAACUAUUGCGUCGGACAUCCUUCGUCCAUUCCCGCCAGCGCUUCCUGCGCAGCAUUCAUAUCACCGACAAGAUCGGGCGGCGGCGAGCCAGCGGCUUGCAUCUAGAGAUGGUCAGUAAUAUGAAC